AUGGCAGGGGUACAGGCAAUGGUGUGGAUAAUGACGGAUCAAAAGAUGGAAGAAACAAGGCGUUUACUUCAACAAAGUAAGGACGAGCUUACUGUGCCAGUAUGCCAGGCACCUACUAUUGAGGCAACCAUCUGGGUUACUAAGUCAGUCGAAGAAAUGAUCGAAGAUAGGAUCGCUAACAAGGUUAAAGUUGGCAAGAAGAGGAAAUUUGAGGGGUCUUCAAGAUCUAACAAGAACAACAUUUUCUCAAAAUAUGGAGGAGGAGGUGAAACAAAAUGGUGUAGCAAAUAUGGAAGGAAACACAACGAGAUAUGCCCUAAGGAAGUGACCUGCUCCAAAUGCGGGAAGACUGGUCACUAUGCCCACAAAUUCUCAACCAAGGAGGUAGUUUGCCUUAAGUGUAGUGGAUAUGGACACUUCAAGCAAGAUUGGCCAAUGAGAGCUACAACGCCAAAUGUACCGUUGAAGCACUAUGAGAGAUGCCACGAAGAGGUCACUUGCUACAAAUGUGGAAAGACAGGGCAUUAUGCCGGCAAGUGCACAUCCAACAAGAGGGUGUGCUAA